AUGCUCACCUUUUUUCCUUUCUAUUUAAGAGCAAAAUCGAAUGCAUCAAUAGAUAGUGUUAUAUCAUCAUCAAGUACAAAUUUAACAGAAUCUAAAACUCCUGAACAUCAAAAUUCAUCGUCAAAUUCUUCAUCAACAACACCUGAAUUUUGUCGUAUACAUCUUCGACAAACAGGUAAUAUAUCAAAUUCAAAAAAUUCAAACGAAUCUGAAUCAACAAGUGAAUCAGUUCCAUCAUCAGUUGGUAUGGCUAUACGUUUAUUUUCUGAAUAUGCAUCGAGUCGUUGCCAAGAUACAAAACUAAAUACAUCAUCAUCAACAACAACAGGAACAACAACAGAUAAUGAACAAUUAUCAGAUACAGUACGAUCUUUACUUGAAACAGUUCAAUUAUUAAUAAAAUAUAUUCGACAAGUACAAAAAAAUCGUCAAAGUAAAUUAAUAAUGUCAAAUUCAACAAUAACAAUUGAUGAUAAUGAUAUAAUUAAUUGUAAAAAUUUAUCAACAAUGCCAACAACAAUAACAUUAGUUAAUGAUUUAAAUUUAUUUGGUGAUCGUUGUUUAGAAUUAUCAAAAAUUAUUUCACCACAAAUAGCAUUUAAAUUACGUGAACAUAUACAAAAUAUAAAAGAUAUAUCAAAACCAUUAUUUGAUAAUGAUGAUAAUCGUGAUGAAACAAAUAUCUUUUCACAAAUGACAAGAAUUUUACAAGAUAUUAAAAUAAUUCUCGACAAAUUAUAG